GAUUUUUGUUGGUGGAACUAGUCUUCUUAUUCCUAUCAAAUGCUAACACGAAUAUCUAACACUUUGGGGUCUUGUGAUAAAGAUUCAUCGGGCGAUUAUGUACAUGAAAGCAGCAGUUGGCUAUCAACAAGCGUGGAGGUUACUCCUUUUUUUGUGGUCCCAGCACCAGUACUACAAGAUAUCUUGCAGAAAAUCGGGAUUAGUCGAUGUCCAAAUACGGGACAGUUUUUCCUGGCUAAAAUGCCGUUCUUGGCUAGUAACAAUCAUAUAUCUAAUCCCAAUUCACCUUGGGCUAUGGCUUAUUCUGCUCAGAAGCGAUGUCGUUAUUUAGACAAUUUUCUGAAGUCAAAACAUCAGUUGUGUGACAAAUUGACAGAUGAAUUACGCACUCUAGCAGCAGUUCCUGAUGAAAACGCUACAAGUAACUUGUCUACCUUUUUCACUUUGCUAUGUCCUCUACUUACGGAUACACCCAAUUCUAAAGUUGAUCUUCCUAAUAAUGACGUCUUGGUGUUGUUUGGUUUUCCAGCAACAGCAUUUCAAAUACUUUUGUUUACACCUUGUUUGUGCUCUCAUUUGAUGGACUUCGUUUUGGAACUAGUUGCAAAUCGUUCAUUAUAUUCUGAACAUCUCCUUGAGCAAUUUCGACAGCCCAUUGGUCUCUCUUCACUAUUUAGUACCAAACAAACCUUUUCUGAUAUAUCGUCACGUCUUACUGAUCUGUUUCAGAUUGUUGAGGAACCACGGGUACAAGCCAAAAUCCUUGGAAUUCUUCCUGAUUUGGCAUCCUCUCCUUGUUCUUCUGGGUGUAUACUAAGUGAUGAAGAUAGAUCAUUGCUUGUUUCUCAGCUUAUCAACUUACUUGAUAACGUAUCUCUUGAGAAUCAACGCACUUCACCCAAAGAUUGUAAUGCAGUUAUUUGCCUCAUCGAGUGCUUAACGAAUUUUUAUGUGAAAGGAGACUUGAUGGAUCGACUACAUUCUGCUUUCUUUCGGCUUCUUGAUCGAUGCGAUGGCCUGGAUUUCUACUUUGAAUAUCUUCGUGUAAUAACUCGUUGUCUUUUGAUUAGUGGACCGGCUGUGCCACAGACAGCGGCUGAAUUAUCUAAGCUUGUAACGCGUUUGCGCACCUUUUUCACUUUUGCUAAAUCUGGUUUCGUUAGUUCAGCAGCUAUAAUAAAUUCUACUCUUGUCGACCUUUUACGAGUUGUGUUUCGAUUUAACAAAAAUAUUAUAUCUGAGUGGAUGCGUGUGAUUGGCUUGGAUUCUCAAACAUGGGACUCAACCUGUCAGACUACCAAUGAUUUCAGAUCUCACAAUCAGUCUGUACAAGAUUUUAUUAUACUAUGUAUAGCUCUCAGUACUCCAACAAUGACUGUUCUUAAGAGUGGAGAUAAUUCAGAUAUGACUUCAGACGGGUCUUUACUGAAAGCUCUCUGUUCUUCUGACUCAUAUCAAUAUAGUCGCUUAAAAAGUGAUGUGCUUUCUUCAGUGCGCCGUCUCUUAACUACUGGAAGGCUGUUUUCACUAGAUAAUAUCCAUGAUCAUAUAGAUACAUUUUUAACAAAUUACGGAGAGUUACUAGUUUCUGGACGUACUCGCCUUUUUUCAUCAUUUACAUUCAUUUUAAAUCAGCUUGUCUCAUCUAAUGACGUGGUUCCCACUCGUUUCAAAUUUGUAACCAGGUAUAUUGCUCUAUCUUUAUACAUGAAGACAUUCACUAACUGCAUGAGUGACCAUUUACAGAAACAAGAAAUUAUUAAUCAUCUUGUUCAUCAUUCGUUGACGGGUAUCAAUAACUUAAUUGUGAGAAGUACCGGUCGCUAUAAGGUGGAAGGUAUCGUAGACGCCACGCUUGUGACAUUAAUACGACUGGCUCAGUCAAGCGCUGGGGAUUUGGGCAUUUUCGAAACAAAUUUACGUACUCUUCGCAAUCAAAUUGAUUUCACAGGAUCAUCUUGUGAUUCCAAACAAACUAAUUCGAGUGUUGUUAAUGGAUACCACUCAGGCUAUUUGUAUCGGAAAAAACAUAUUAAACACAUAUUUUUUAUACUCGCGUACACCGCAUUUGGAAUCAAAGAGCAUCGCGAACAGCAGGACAGCUUGCUAUUGUUUAUUCGUAAACUGCUCUCAAGUCAGUCAUUAUUUUCGAAAUGUGUGGGUAUUAUCGGUGCUGUUGUGAUCAUUGAAGUGAUUUGCAGGAGGAACUGUCUACUGAAAAACACAGAACGCAGUUUAGCUAUUCGUCUUUCGAUGGAAGAGGAAGACUCGUCUGUGUUAGCUUCACAGCUUGCUCAUGUGGAUAGCGAUCGAAGUAGUGCUUAUACUACGAAUACUAGUCGAAGCAGUAACGCUAGUUCAUUGAGCUUGAAGGGUUAUGGUACAGAACUUGCUGAUGAUCCCGGUGAUGUUCAUUUGUCAGUUGGUGACAGUGAAGAUGACAGAGGUGCUAACUGCUCGUCUCAUUCUUCUCACGUCAUAACUCCACCGUCUCGUAUUUUGCUACAACUGAUAGGAUUGGUUGAGUAUUCGGUCCGUCCAUACUGUCAAUUAAUGGUCUUUUGGCUAGACGAACUGGCACUUUGUUUUAAUCGACUAAUACAGCUAAGUGAUAAAAACAGGACAAGUCAAUCUAUUUUAGAUCAUGGAUCUAUAAAUGAAUCACCCUUUUCCGAAGAAGGUAGAAAACUUAUCAUUUGGAUGGGUGCUCGAAUCAUGCGCCAUUUUCAGGAUGAUUUCAUUUUGGAUAACGCUUCUUUAAAAGAUUAUUCACCCCGAUUUUCAUUACAUAAACCUAUUUUAUGUGAAGUUGCAGUUGCUUUGGGACCCUCAUGGGAUAGAUAUUCAGCUAAUAAACGCUUACUCAAGGAAGCAAAUUUGGAGAAUUUAUCAUAUUCAAGUCCUCUUUUAUUGCCUGCAUAUUUAAAUUUGGUAGCUAUUGUAGAAGCAGAUCAACACGAUGGCAGUUUAGAUACAAUUGAUGCUCUUUUGGGUUGUCCAGUUUUGGUGCCGAACAUGUUUCAGAGUUGCAAGUCUACCCAGUUGAUCAUGGAGAAUAAGCCAGUCAGCAUUGAGGAGCCUUACUUAGUUAUUGGAAUUGUGAACUGGUUUAUAGAAACUGUCAACGUUUUCGCUCCGAAGUUAUUGCUUGCCGAUUCGUCUAACUCACAAAUGUUUCAUCUCCAAGCAGUUACAUCAAUUAAUGCCAAUAAUUCAGAUCGUAUACAUUAUUUAUCAAUCCUUCUGCGUCUCAUUCAGAUUGCGAAGCUGCGUCAUUAUCUCUAUAAUUACUUAGUAAAGGUAGUUAGUCUUAAAGACGUCCAACGACGAGAUGUAAUUGAAAGCACUGAUAUUGAGAAUUCUGGACCUCAAUAUCAUCAUGUUCCAAUCAACAAUGAGUAUAAUGUUUCCCCAUCGAAUUUAUACUUCCCCACUGCUACAUAUCAACCUGCGACGUGUUUUUCAAAUGUUUUUACUUCUUGUAAUAAAGAAGUUGGCCAAGUAUCUUUUGAUUGUUCUGUUCAUUUGGAGUCAUUUCUGUCUGGUGAUUUAGAUUGUACUUCAGGCCGAAAAAGAAACGGCUCCAGCUCAAAAUUUGGCGCAUGUUCUGAAGGAAAAGAACCACGUAUCUCCAACUUAUGUAUGGUAAAGCGUAGAAAAGUGUUGGACAAUGCGACUGAAAGUCAGUGGGACGACGUUAAUGAAAAUCAAGAUGACAGUUUAUCUGAAAUGAGUGAUUCAGUAGUUUCACAAGAUGAAUGUGAUACAAUUCAACAGAGAGAUUCACCACAAAUUCCACGAAAACAUAGCAAAAAGACUAAAACUGUUAAAUCAUCCAAAAUGGCUAAAGUUAAUAGAAAUACAACUAGAUCUGAUAAACGCUGCGUGAUGCCAAAUUUACGUGAAUUGACAACUUGUUUUCGCGAAUUGGAUCUCAGUGCUAUUGUUUUAGGUUUAAGCUCUUGGCCAUGGAUAGUAAAAUGUAGUGAUAAUGAAGUAUCCAGUGUGAGUUCUAUUGAUUGGGCAACACUAACUUGGCUCCUUGAUGAAUUAAGUAUCCGGUUGGACUAUGUUAUUGGGCUCCCCUUACCAGCCACAUAUGGAUGGAAUACAUUUGAGCGUUUAAACAAUCUCACGGAAUCUUCGAAGCUUGCAUAUUUCACUUUUAUUGUUCCCUAUAUUGUCUCUAUACUAGUGCGUGCAGUGGAUUAUAUUCCAGAUUUGGCUCAGCACACAAAUUGUUCUAAGAAUAAUAUGGGUGACAUAAUUUCGUCAUCCGAUUCAUCAGAUGAUGAAAGUAACUCACAGGAUAUCGCCGUGUCCAAAAAAUCACAGCCGAAUGCACCUAAUUUUAAGACAAUUGAUCCAUCUAACGAGAUUGAAUUUAUUGGAACGUUUUCAUCGGAAAUAAGUUCUCAGAUGUCGUCCAUCGUAUGUACUUGUUUACGUUCUUUGCUGAUUUUCACGAAUGGAUUCACCAAUCUUUCUCCUAACCUCGAACGAUAUUUAUUUGACAGCUCUGAAUCAUUAUUUAUCAAUUCUAUGACCACCUUCACAUAUAAUACCAUAAACAUAUUUGCUAAAUGUUGUAAAUCGAACAUCAGUAUACGUUCUGCACGUGAAAUUGUGAUAAAUGCACAAGGUAUCAUCAUACCAGACCACUAUAGGCCUAUUAAUAAUGAUUACGAUGUGGACCAAGCAACAUUAUUUUCAAAACAAAUGAAUGAAGUGGAUGGAAAACUUUUUGUCGAUAUUUGCGAUGAAAAUCAUGACUCACUGCACAUUUUAAAAGAAAUAAAUGUGCCUAAAAUUGACUAUUCAGCCUUAUCUGAAAACCUGCGCAUAAUCAUCCAGUACUUGAUGAAGAGUUUAGCACCAUCCUGUUUACCUAAUGCGAAUGCAGCUCUUUUACACUGUCGUCUUGUAUUUUAUUUGUCUUCGUUAUAUUAUGAAUGUCAGAACAACCGUAACAUGUCAUCUCGAUCGGAUGAAAAUACAUUUUGGGUUCCAGAUUUAUUCUCGUACACAAAAGAUAUUCUGAAUCAAGAAUGGGAAACUUCUGUCAAGUUGAAAGAUCAAAAUUAUUCAGAUUGCCUUCAGGCUCUACUAUCAUUCCACCUUCGUUGCCGGUUCUAUCGUUCUAAAAAGCUUUGUUCUUUAUCUCAGUCAACUAAUUCGCUGGUGGAUUUCACCAGGCGAAUUCUCGUCCCUACUUUUGAGUGUCAACAGAAUAUCGAUUAUCCAUUUGCUUCCAAUGGCGUUUCUGACAAUUCAUACCGAACUUUAAAUCGACAGACUUUCGAUAUAUUUUGCCGUGAGGUGAUGGAAACUGUAGUGUGGUUCUCAAAACAUUUAUGCGACUUCGCCAAAGGCGUAAACAAUACAGUAAGUCCAGUUUAUUUGGACGAAAGCUCCAUUGUUGCUCAGUGGAAUCAAUGUGUUGAAGUGCUAUGUUGCAUAACAGAUUUUUUUCGAAAGCCUGCUCACUUAACGGAAUCAUUUUCAAAGUUAAGCAAAGCUAUUUCUUCAAAUAAGAAUAAUCCAAUAAUUCAUUUAUUACCAUCAAUGAUGCGAACUGGACGUCUGUUCCUUCAAUUAUUGCUGAAGGGUGCUAUGCCUUUACUAUGUAGUUUAUUCAAACGUCGAGGUGUGGAGGUUACUACGUUCCUAAAGAAUACACAGCAACUGACUCGUUUCCUUCAGCGUAUAUGUAACCACGCUAAAGCAUAUCGUAACUCGCAACUAACCAAUCAAAUCCCAGCUACAAGACGAUGUUUAGAAAUGUUUGUUUAUAAAGUCAAGAUCAUGCUUUCACAAAACCGUUGCCUCGAAGCUUUUUGGCUUGGAACAUUAAAAAAUCGAGAUCUUCAUGGGGCCGAUUUGUCAGAAGAUAAUGAUUCUGCUCGGAGUGAUACUGAAUGUCCUAGCAUUGCUUACCAAGAUGGUUCACGUUCUGUUAGUUACUCAGAUUCUCCUAGAAUCGAAAUUAGUCGCAAUCCUGCGUUACAUUGUUUAUCUAAUUCCAGCACUUCAACUUCAAGUCAAGUUGUAAUCAAAGAUCAGCCUAGUAACGUGAACACUAUUAUCCCCACUUAUGCAGUUGAUGAAUCAGAGGAAGUGGGAAAAGAAUCAGAUGAUAACAGUGAAAAAAGUGAGGAACUGAUUGAAAAAGAGGAUGUUUUUGACGAAAGUUCUAAUGAAGAUGAUCUUGAAGUAGAUGAUGAAGAUUACUAGAUUCAUUACUGUGUUAUUUGCGAUUCAGUUUUAUACUUUGUUAAACUAAUUAAUAAACUAUUAAAUGCUAUCCUGAAG